AUGUCGUUGUCAAAACCAGCAUCUCUCCGAGCGGCCAUAUUGGUUGUCUCGACGACAGCAGCCCAGGAUCCUUCGACAGAUGCCGCGGAAGCUGCUCUUCGAGAAGUGUUCGACCAGGACGGUGGCGGACGCUGGACUGUCAGCGAAGCCAAGAUUGUCAGUGAUGUCGUCACCCACAUUCAACAGCAGAUCAUGCUUUGGGCCGACGACGCCGACCCUGUGAACCUCAUAGUCACCAGUGGUGGUACCGGCUUUGCCGUUGAGGAUCACACUCCUGAAGCUGUUAUACCACUCCUGCACAAGCAGGCCCCCGGCCUAGUUUACGGCAUGUUGGCUGCUUCGUUGGCUGUCACUCCUUUUGCCGUCAUGUCGCGGCCUGUUGCCGGCGUCCGUAACAAGACGGUCAUCAUCACCCUGCCUGGCUCCCCUAAGGCGGCCAAAGAAAAUCUCCAGGCUGUUAUCAAGACCCUGCCACAUGCCUGCUUGCAGGCUGCAGGAGCUAGUUCCCGGGCCUUGCAUUCUGGAGGCGUGAAGAAGCUGGAGCAGGAAGCCGGCAUGGCUUCGCCACAAGCUAAGACUCACUCCUCUCACUCCCGCCCUCACCACCAUCAUCAUCACUGCCCUCAUGGCCAUCAAGCCCCCAUCCGGCACACGCCCACGCCCGCAGCAUCCAGCACCAGCACCAGCACCGAACCCAAGUCCAACGACCCAUCCCUCGGCCCGACCCGUCGACAUCGCUCAUCCCCUUACCCCAUGCUCUCCGUCUCGGACGCACUCAGCCUCAUUGCCCAGCACGUCCCCAAGCCAACUCCCAUCCUCCACAAAGUCGACCCUUCGCUCGUCGGCUACGUCGCCGCCGAGGAUGUGCACGCAGCCGAGGACGUCCCCGCUUUCCGAGCGAGCAUCGUCGACGGAUAUGCCGUCGUCGUGCCGGACGCAGCGUCAGGCGAGGAGCAGUCCGAGGCCGGGGCUGGGGUUGAUCUCAAGGGAGUCUGGCCAGUGGUAGGCGUGUCACAUGCUAGUCCGACCGAAGAGUUUGAGUUGAAAGAGGGUCAGGUUGUGCGAAUCACGACGGGAGCGGCACUGCCACGCGGCGCGAAUGCUGUGGUAAUGGUUGAGGAUACGGUGCUUGCGGCGCAGACUGAGGAUGGGACGGAAGAGAAGGAGGUUGGCAUUUUGGCGGAAGGGGUUAAGGCUGGGGAUAAUGUCAGGGAGGUAGGAAGUGAUGUGAGGAAGGGGGAGAUAGUACUGAGGAAGGGAGAGAGGGUUUCUUCAGGAGGAGGAGAGAUCGGAUUAUUGGCCAGUGUCGGAAUAAAGGAGCUCAUGGUGUAUGCGAAGCCUGUGGUGGGCGUGUUGUCGACGGGGGACGAGAUUGUCGAGCAUGAUAAGGAGGGCGACCUAAGGCUGGGUGAGGUGAGAGAUAUAAAUCGGCCCUCGUUGAUGGCAGCAGUCAGGCAAUGUGGCUAUGACGUGAUCGACCUAGGCAUCGUGAAGGAUAAGGCCAGGACAUUGGAAGAGAAGUUAAGAGUUGCGCUAAGGGAAGUCGAUGUGGUGAUCACCACGGGGGGCGUAUCCAUGGGAGAGCUGGAUCUCCUUAAGCCGACGAUUGAGCGGUCAUUGGGCGGCACGAUCCACUUUGGGAGAGUCAAUAUGAAGCCCGGCAAGCCGACGACAUUUGCGACAGUACCGGUCAAGAACAACGCUGGGGAGCGGGUGUCAAAAGUCAUCUUCGCACUACCGGGAAACCCAGCCUCUGCGUUGGUGACAUUUUAUCUCUUUGUUUUGCCGGCGCUGCACCAUAUGUCAGGAGUCUCACCUCCCGGCUUGCCCAAGGUCCCCGUCACGCUCGCUCAUGAUUUUGUGUUGGACAAAGCCCGGCCGGAGUAUCACCGGGCAGUUGUCUCUAUUGGCUCCGAUGGGAGGCUGACUGCCAGCAGCACAGGAAGCCAGAGGAGCUCACGGGUCGGUAGCAUGAAGCAGGCCAACGCCCUGCUUUGCAUGCCCUCUGGAUCCGAGCCACUACAGAAGGGUACAAGAGUUGAGGCACUACUGAUGGGAAACAUCCAAAGUAACGCCCAGUAG